AUGGAGAGGCCAGAGGUGAAGACUACCAUCGAGGUCAAGAAGCGUCCUCAAUUUCUUACACGUAGUUAUAGAUUCCUCGAAACGGGCGAGGAGCUGGGAAUAAAUCACGCGCUGCGAGAUCGCUUAUUGCCAACGCCUAUCCCUCUCCUCCCCCCCGCUGCGAUCUGCCCAGGUUCGACCAGAGAGGCAAUUACAGAGGGCGGUAGAGGCUUCCCUAAAAGAUGAUGAAGUGAAGGGCGGGGGCACGCAACACGGCAUUAACAACCUCCAGCAACAAAAAGCUAAUAGGCAACAG